UGCCCCAUCCCUGGAGGGGUUCCAGGCCAGGUUGGAUGGGGCUUGGAGCCCCUGAUCCAGUGGGAGGUGUGUCUUGGUGCUCUGGUUGAAGCCCAGGACAAGGGUGGUUUCUGGGCCGUGAGCGCACGUUGCAGCUCAUGUGGAGCUUCUCCUCCCCCAGCACCCCGAGUCCUUCUCCCCAGGGCUGCUCCCAAUCCUUCCUCCACCCAGCCUGGGUUUGUGUUUGGGAUCACCCGACCCUGUGCAGGACCUCGUCCUUGCUGAACUCCGUGAGGUCGCCCAUGCCCAGCGGAGCAGCCCUCGGGUCUUCCCCCUGCUUUCCCGUUCUUAUUCCCCCAUGGGUUACAGACGCUUUUGCCUCAUGGAGGAUUCGGGUGUCCUACUGAUCUGCCCCCACCUGACGGGGAUGCAGGGUGCUCGUGUGUGCUCCGACACGCCCCGUGCCACAGUCCCAGGUGGGGUAGCACUGCUCUGCACAGUGAUUUGGAGGCUGGCAGGCGACACCGCAGCAGAGCUCCAUGGAAAAACCUAACUGACUUUAAUGAGGUUGCUAACAACAGGGAUUACAAGGGAAAGCUUCUCCCAAGGUUUCACCCUGGGAUGAAAGUGCUAAUUACCAUGUGGCACAUGGUUAACAAGCCUCAGCAAAGCCUGACAGAGCUCAGCACUCUGGUGGUUUCGUCAGACGUGCAGGAACGGCUCUUAUCUGUGGGGACCUGGCUGGGGUGGCCAAAGCCCUGCUGAGAUGUGUCCAGAGGCUGAUGCUCUUCUUGCCCUCAUGGUGGGAGCUGCAGGGCCCUUAGGGAUGAGGCUGGAGACGCAGCCUAGGAACUGGUGACUGGGCUUUCUCUUUAGUGGAGGGGCAACAUCCCUGACACAGAUGCAAGAUGGGAAGCGAUCUCCUCCCUGUCUCGUCCCUUCUCCCAGGGCAUCGGGGUACCCGCUCGGGCCCUGCCCAUAUCCCUCUGUUCCAGCAGCUGCUGCGGGGCUGCAGGACUGGGAUCAGGGCAGGCUGGAAGGGGCCCUGGAGUCUGUGAGACCGGAGGGAGCGGCUGGACCUGCAGCCCUGAGCCAGGCGAGGCGUCCCACCAAGGGCACGAUGCUUGGGAAGGAACAGGGACUGGUCCCAGCCCCACAUCGGGGUGUCCCCUGGUCCCACUGGUCUCGGUGCUCAUGGGGUCUCUGGGUGGGAUGGAGACAGUCAGGAGGGCGAUGGGGCAGCUGCGUUUCUGUCCCCGUGGUCUCUGGGAGCACGUGGAAACCUGCACCAGCGCUGGCGUGAGCUGUUUGGGACCGAGAGCAAAGGUGGUCCCCAGGUAAGAUGCUCUUCCUGGCGUGUGUCUCUGAAGGCCCAAGCCAUGGGAGGCUUGUUCCUCUCCUACAUGGUGGCUCCUGGAAGGAUCAGAGGGUUGAACACAACACAAUGUCUAGGUGAGUAUUUCCGUCAAGUGUGGCUGAAAGCCUUCCUGUUUCCCGCUCCAUUUCUCGGUUUAUGGGUGACUCCUGUUGACCUCUGCCUCCACCUCCUGGCAGCCCUUUUGGCUGACCGUGAGAUAUGAAACCUCACUCACUGGGGAGUGUAGUGGGCAGCGACGUCUUCUCUCAAAAUCUUCAAGUGACUUCCAAGCAGAGCUAAAAAACCUAGAUGCUUCUUGCAAACACACCUAGAGCCAAACCCUGGCCAUGGCACCAGGAACAUCUCUGCUCAGCUGGGUGGAAACUGGCCUGAGGGGUGUCUCUGUCCUGCCUCCUGCUUCUCCCUUCAAGCCGCUCCAUCAUGGGUCGUUCAGCUGUUGUGAAGGAUCCUGGGCAAGGAGCUGCAUCCAAGCAUCAGGAUGGGCUCCAUCACAAUGGAGCCUCAGCCUGACCGCAGCUGAAGCAUCCAUUGGUGGCCUCAAGUUGUGCCAGGGGAAGGUGAGUUUGGAUAUUGGGAAACAUUUCCUCCCCAGCAGAAUUGGAAGCCUUGGCCGAGGCUGCUCAGGGCAGAGGUGGAGUCCCCAUCCCAGAGGGGUUCACAGAGCGUGUGGCCGUGGCACUUAGAGACAGGGUUCAGUUGCACAGUGGGUGGCUGGGCUGGUGGUUGGACUGGGUGAGCUGAGAGGGCUUUUCCAACCUCAGUGAUUCCAUGAUUUUAUGAUUCUCCAUACUAGGGACCAGGACAGAGAGGUGCUGGGGACAGCCAGUGGGGCAGGGUGACACCUGGAUGCAAACACCACACCUGGCACCUCUGAGCGAAGGUCCCCAGAACCGCCUCCCUGCCCAGGCACAUCCCAGACGGUGGCUGGUCCAACACUGCGUGGCUGCUUGCACAAGGGGUGCUGCUCCCCGCAUCCCCACCUCUCUCCGGUGACCUGGAUGAGGUGACUCAUCCCUAAUCACCCCACUCAUCGCUAGGAGCGAGGCAGAAGCUGCCUGAUAGAAGGGUUACCCAUGAGAGGGCAGGGCGCUGGCAGGGUGAGCAGCACCCUGGGUGUGAAGCUGCGAGCCCCUGGCAAGCACGAACACGUUCCCAGCCCUGUCCCAAUGAGCUACACACCUCCACCGCCUGCAGAAAUACCCAGAAAAUCGAAGAGAGGGGGAAAAAACCCGUCCCCAUCCUCCUCGCCACCCUUUGCUUUGUUUUUUUGAAACAGGAGGGACUCAGUGGUUCAAAACUGAAAUUUUGGGGGGUGAAAUGGCAAAGUCUUUGCCCAGAAACGUCUCUUUUCUUUUCCCUGCUGGGCAUGAACCUGAGAGAUUUUCAGGGUGCCCAGCCAGGCUGUCCCCUGGGAUGCAGAAAGCAAUGUCCCAGGGCUGGCAGUGACUGUGCAAGUGUCCGACGGAAGUGUGUCUGCCACACUGGGAUCUCUUGGCAUCGAUGCAACCUCCUUCAGCCAGCCAAAUUGCCAAAAACUGAGAGUAGACUUCAAAAGCUGAAGUGUCCAUAAGCUCUACACAGUGUUCAUCUGAGCAUCUUCUGCAUGACAGGGCUGGAAGCCCUUCUGGAUCUGUGCCUCUCUCUGGUCUCUCCUUAGCCACUGUGUCACCUUGCCUGGUGGCUGGCAGGUCGGCUGGGACCUUCCCAGGGAACCUUCCCUGGGGGACGGAGUCAGGAGUGGGGUCAGCAAGGAGACUGCGCAGCCACAACCCGUGUGGGAUGAUCUCACCCGGGAUGCUUCACCAGCGCAGGGAGGGCUUUGAUGCUUUGAAGGUUCCUAAGCAGCCUUGCAGCCCCAGGGUCUUCGUCGAUCUUCUGGGGUGCCUCACCUCCGAGGCUGCACCAUCCACCACUUCUGGAGGCGGGCACCGCGGAACGCGCUGGGAAAAACACAACCCUGACACGCAGGCUGGCUCCUCGCCCGCAGCCCAGGGAGGCAGCGUGGGCAGCGUCCCAGAGCUCAGCACGGCAGCCAGCCCUCGGCAUCGGCCGCGGCAGAGAGCAUUCCGGCAGCAGGAUGACUCUCUGGGACGGCUCUUUCCCCUUCUACCCUGGUGUCAAUGCAAGCUUCCGCUUCGACACCACCCGGGCCAUCAUCGUCUCCAUCUUCCUCUCCUUGUUGGCCGCUUUCAUCAUCAUCCUGCCAGGGAUCCGGGGCAGAGGGCGACUGUUCUGGCUCCUGCGGGUGGUGGUGGCCCUCUUCGUGGGAGCAGUGGUCCUCACCAUACAGUUCACCAGGGACUGGGAGACCGGCUGCGUGACAGCAAACACCUCCUACAAGUCCUUCAGCCGUGCCCUGGUGAAUGCAGAUGUCGGGCUGCACAUUGGCCUGGCGGGGGUGAACGUCACACUGGUGGGAAACCCUGUGAACCAGGUCAAUGAGACCAUCAACUACAAUGAGAACUUUGCCUGGAGCUUCAAUGCAGAUUAUGACCACAGCUACAGUGAAGGCCUGAACAAGGGGCUGCCCAGCCCCAUCCUCUACGUGGCAGAGAAGUUCACCACGCAAAGCCCCUGCAGCAUGCACAGGCAGUACCGCAUCUCUGGCCACUACGCGUCCCUCACGUUGUGGAUGGCCUUCUGCACAUGGCUUAUUUCCAUCCUCUUGUUCUCCAUGCCCAUCCUGCUCUAUGGUGGCUACAUGCUCCUGCUCACGGCUGCGCUGAUGCUCUUCUCACUGCUCUUCUUCUUCACUGCAAGGAACACUCCGAAGUGCCCCAUUCAGUUUGGCCCAGCUCCCCUGAAAACAGACUACGGUGGAUCCUUUUGGCUGACCUUAGGGACAGGGCUGCUGUGCCUUCUGCUGGGGCUGGGCGUCAUCAUCCUGAACUCUGUGUGGCCAGAGAAGCUGAAGCUUGUCUUUAACCUGGAUGAGGGAAAGGGAGAAGAAGAGGAGGGCUGGGACAUGUCCCACCUGCCAGCCAAGCCCAGCUCCUCUGAGCAGGAGGUGCUGAUGGUCCCUCUGUGUGAGCUUAGUGAGGUGGCAACCACCUGGCUGUAAGCCACUGGGCAAAGCCAGAGGAGACCCUUCUGGAAUUCCUACUCUGGUCCAGACUUACCAGGAGCCCAGGAAGGAAGAGACGUGUCAAGACCCUGGUGAUGAGAAGAUCCAAGUCUGGCAAGACGUCUCAAAUACAACAGUUUGUCCUCAUUUAUGGAUUUGCUGUUGUUUUACUCACCAGCAGCUGGAAGAGGUUUUGGGGUGAGGUGAAUCCAUGACCCAUCCCUGGCUGUCCAGUUGCUGUCCUUCCCCUUAGUCCAUCCUCAAAAAAACCCAGUCCUCCCUAGGAUCCAGAGACUAGACCAGAACAAACUGGAGAGACACCAAGAGCUGCAGACACGUAAACAUGAACCAAAGGAGAAGCAGAGACCCCACAACAGCACCGCCACCCUGAAGGGCCCUGAGAAUUCCCUUCUGCCCAGAGAUGCCCAGUAUUUUCGCCCAGUGAAGCACAUGCCCCUCCAAGCCAUGAGCACCAGCUCCUCUAGGAGAAUGCUGUGGGAAACAGUGUCAGAGGCUUUGCUGAAGCUGAGGCGUUUCAGGUUUGCACCCCUUUAAUUCCAUGCAGGUUUUGUUUUGUGCUCACUUAUUUUCCCCAAACUCUCAGUAAAACAAGUUGGACCUGGUCUUUCUCGCGUCUGUCGGUACAGGUGUCCCCCUCUGGGGAUGCUCUCUUGGUGUUGCCACGGGGGAGAAGAAUGCAAAGGCAGAGCCCUCUUGUGGUCCCGCAUGGGACAUCUGACCACGACUGGUUGGUGCAGAG